AUGAAAAUAAUAUAUUUUUCGUUACAACAAGGCACUUGUUGUCGUCAACUUAUGCAAAAAUAAUCUUAUCAGAAUAAUUCGUGUAGUAAGAUCAGACUCUAGGAGGUGGGGCAAAAGUAGAACACUUGUCAUUGACUCGAAAUCCCGAUAACUCUUUACAAAUAACAAAUAGGCGAAGAUAUGAAGAAUUACUUAAAAUCAAAAACAUUCCACUUCGUCCGAUUUCCGCUCUGUAUUUUACCAUUGUUAUGAAGAAAAAUAUUUCAUGAGAAAAUUUAUGAAUAUUUCAAUAUUGAACUGGCGAAGAAAAUUGGUGAACGUGAACUGUACAGUUUUUUCACGGAACUAUACUGUUGUUUUAGGGAAUUUCGCAUUCCCCUGGAAUUCUACGAUGUUCAAAUGUAUUUACAGACACUUCUGUCUAUGUCGGACGUUGUAAAACCAUUAAAAUCUAAUGAGGUAAUCUCUGAUCACAAUCUGAUCGUUCGUUAGAUACACGCAAGGUUUACAAUAUUGUAAAGUCUGAUUAGAAUCUGCUCUUCUAGUAUUGCCUUCUCGUAUAUAAAAUCGAGGCAUUCCAGAGCAGAAGGCGCCCACCGAGUGUUCCUCUCCGAGAUAAUUUAACGGAUGUCAAGCUUCCGCUGACGCACAAAGUUCUGAUGCCAAAUUGUUUAUCCCAUCGUAGAAAAAAUUCACGACUGUUGGAUUUUUUGUUGCCAAGUGGUUGCGAAUCUGUGCCUCGAAUCGGUUGUGAAUGACGUGAUCACAUCCCGAGCUUUGUAGCUUUGUCCGAUCCAUCAUUCAGUCACUGGUUUCUUGACAGCAUUCAGGGGGAGCUGCGUGACAGUGCAGCUUAUUUUGUGACAAUGGGACUGUGGAAAUCAGUGAUUAUAUUGUGGAUUCUUCCAGGAAUUUUGGCUGAGGAUAUUUACUUAAGAUUUCCCCCUGGAUUCACCAUCGGGACCUCCAGUGCCGCUUAUCAGAUCGAGGGAGGGUGGAAUGCGAGUGAUAAAGGGCAGAGCGUUUGGGACGCAUUCACACACGAGAAAGAUUGGAUUAUCAACGACAGAUCGAAUGGGGAUAUCGCAUGUGAUUCUUAUCACAAGUACAAGGAGGACGUUGAUAUACUGCAGAAUAUUGGGGUUCACCAUUACCGUUUUUCAUUGAGUUGGACGAGAAUAUUACCAACGGGGCUAACGAACCACAUCAGCCAGGAUGGAUUACGGUACUAUAAAAAUCUCAUUAGUGAGCUACGGUCGAAGGGCAUCGAGCCGUUUGUGACGAUAUACCACUGGGAUCACCCGGAGUUUAUGAGUCGUUUGGGCUCAUGGACGAAUGAGCUGAUGAUAGAAUGGCUGGUGGACUACGCCAGAGUUGUCUUCAGGGAGCUGGGACCCUCCGUGAAAUUCUGGACAACUGUUAACGAGCCGAACAAUUACUGCGAACAGUCUUACGCGGGCAGUAAGCAAGCACCAGGAAUGGAUUUACCAUUCUUCGCGAACUACCUCUGUCUCCAUAAUCUCCUGAAAGCUCAUGCCAGAGUCUACCAGGUAUACAACGAGGAGUUCAGAGCUGAGCAGAAAGGAAAGAUUGGGAUCGUCAUUCCGUGCAGACAUAAUUUUCCCAAAAAUGAAAAUGACACUGAAACAGCGAAAAUAGCGUUUGAUUUUGAUUGUGGAUGGGCAGCAAAUCCCAUAUUCUCUGAGGAUGGUGAUUAUCCAGCAGUGAUGAAACAGAGGAUCAAGGAGAACAGCGAAUUGGAGGGUUUGUCGUUCUCGAGAUUGCCUGAAUUCUCACCUGAUUGGAUCAAGCUCAUAAGAGGAUCUUCGGAUUAUUUUGGACUGAACCAUUACACGUCAAAGAUGGUGGAACCAGUUCGGAGGAUCAACGGCACUGCGUGGUACCAGGACUCUGGCAUAAGGUCCUUCGCCAAUGAAAGCUGGCCUGGAUGUCCAACUGACUGGUUGCGUAUCGUUCCUGAGGGGCUCGGGGGUGUCCUCAGAGACAUCAAAGAGGCGUACAAUAAUACACCAGUUUAUAUACUAGAGAACGGGGUCUCAUCUCUGCCAGGAAUCCAUGACUACAGCAGAAUUGAUUAUUUAUACAGCUACAUGAAGUCUAUGCUCGAAGCUAUCAACCGAGACGGUUGUGACGUCAAAGCUUACACCGUAUGGAGUCUCCUGGACAAUUUCGAAUGGGACAGGGGAUACACUGAGCGAUUUGGACUCGUAGAGGUGGAUUUCAAUCAUCCGAACCGCACGAGGACCCCCAGACUCUCAACAAAAUGGCUGCGACAAAUUAUUGCAGAAGGAAAAUUAAUUAAGUACCAGGAUAUGGAUUUUUCCUCGAGCCAACUGCCGACAUCCUCGGCCACGACGUUGCUGCCGAUUUUCCCAGUGAUAUUUUCCCUCAUAUCAUUUCGACUGACUCUCAUGUGAUAACUCGAUUUGGGGCGACUCCUUGGAAGGUACGUUUAUGGGGGAUAUACUCAUCUAAGAGGUGUCCCUCGGCCUCGAAGGGAAAUCGAUGUACACGUCGACAGUAUCGUGGGGUUUUCUGAUGUUCUUGAAGACGAAUUCAUCACACUCCACGUGAC